GCCGGUCGUCGGAGCAGACGGGAGUUUCUCCUCGGGGUCGGAGCAGGAGGCACGCGGAGUGUGAGGCCACGCAUGAGCGGACGCUAACCCCCACCCCAGCCGCAAAGAGUCUACAUGUCUAGGGUCUAGACAUGUUCAGCUUUGUGGACCUCCGGCUCCUGCUCCUCUUAGCGGCCACCGCCCUCCUGACGCACGGGCAAGAGGAGGGCCAAGACGUGGGCCAAGACGUGAGCCAAGACGAGGGCCAAGAAGAAGACAUCCCACCAGUCACCUGCGUACAGAACGGCCUCAGGUACCAAGACCGAGACGUCUGGAAACCCGAGGCGUGUCGGAUCUGUGUCUGCGACAAUGGCAACGUGUUGUGCGAUGACGUGAUCUGCGACGACACCAAGAACUGUCCCGGUGCCACAAUUCCCCCGGGCGAGUGCUGCCCCGUCUGCCCCACCGACGGAGAAUCACCUAAGGACGAAGAAACCACAGGAGUGGAGGGACCCAAAGGAGACACUGGCCCCCGGGGCCCAAAGGGACCCGCUGGCCCCCCUGGCCGAGAUGGCAUCCCUGGACAGCCUGGACUUCCUGGGCCCCCCGGACCUCCCGGACCUCCUGGACCCCCUGGCCUCGGAGGAAACUUUGCUCCCCAGAUGUCUUAUGGCUAUGAUGAGAAAUCAACUGGAGGCUUGUCCGUGCCUGGCCCCAUGGGUCCUUCUGGUCCUCGUGGUCUCCCUGGCCCCCCUGGCGCACCUGGUCCCCAAGGUUUCCAAGGUCCCCCUGGAGAGCCUGGAGAGCCUGGAGCUUCAGGUCCUAUGGGUCCCCGCGGCCCCCCUGGCCCCCCUGGCAAGAAUGGAGAUGAUGGUGAAGCCGGAAAGCCUGGUCGCCCUGGUGAGCGUGGGCCCCCUGGACCUCAGGGUGCUCGGGGAUUGCCUGGAACAGCUGGCCUCCCUGGAAUGAAGGGACACAGAGGCUUUAGUGGCUUGGAUGGUGCCAAGGGAGAUUCUGGCCCUUCUGGUCCCAAGGGUGAGCCUGGUAGUCCCGGUGAAAAUGGAGCUCCUGGUCAGAUGGGCCCCCGUGGUCUGCCUGGUGAGAGAGGUCGCCCUGGAGCCUCUGGCCCUGCUGGUGCUCGUGGAAAUGAUGGUGCUACAGGAGCUGCUGGCCCCCCUGGUCCCACUGGCCCUGCUGGUCCUCCUGGAUUCCCUGGUGCUGUUGGUGCUAAGGGCGAAGCUGGUCCCCAAGGAGCCCGAGGCUCUGAAGGUCCCCAGGGUGUUCGUGGUGAGCCUGGCCCCCCUGGCCCCGCUGGUGCUGCUGGCCCUGCUGGAAACCCUGGUGCUGAUGGACAGCCUGGUGCUAAAGGUGCCAAUGGUGCUCCUGGUAUUGCUGGUGCUCCUGGCUUCCCUGGAGCCCGAGGCCCCUCUGGACCCCAAGGUCCCAGCGGCCCUCCUGGUCCCAAGGGUAACAGUGGUGAACCUGGUGCUCCCGGCAACAAAGGAGAUACUGGCGCCAAGGGAGAGCCUGGCCCUACGGGUAUUCAAGGUCCCCCUGGCCCUGCCGGAGAAGAAGGAAAGCGAGGAGCCCGAGGUGAACCUGGUCCCACUGGCCUGCCCGGCCCCCCUGGCGAGCGUGGUGGCCCUGGUAGCCGUGGUUUCCCUGGAGCAGACGGUGUUGCUGGUCCCAAGGGUCCCGCUGGUGAACGUGGUUCUCCUGGCCCUGCUGGCCCCAAAGGUUCUCCUGGUGAAGCUGGUCGCCCUGGUGAAGCUGGUCUGCCUGGUGCCAAGGGUCUGACUGGAAGCCCUGGCAGCCCUGGUCCUGAUGGCAAAACCGGCCCCACUGGACCUGCUGGUCAAGAUGGUCGCCCUGGCCCCCCCGGCCCCCCUGGUGCCCGUGGUCAGGCUGGUGUGAUGGGAUUCCCUGGACCUAAAGGUGCUGCUGGAGAGCCAGGCAAAGCUGGGGAGCGAGGUGUUCCCGGGCCCCCAGGCGCUGUUGGUCCUGCUGGCAAAGACGGAGAAGCUGGAGCCCAGGGACCCCCCGGCCCUGCUGGUCCCGCUGGCGAAAGAGGUGAACAGGGCCCUGCCGGUUCCCCCGGGUUCCAGGGUCUCCCUGGCCCCGCUGGUCCUUCUGGUGAAGCAGGCAAACCCGGUGAACAGGGUGUUCCUGGAGACCUCGGUGCCCCUGGCCCCUCUGGUGCAAGAGGCGAGAGAGGUUUCCCUGGUGAGCGUGGUGUGCAAGGUCCUCCAGGUCCUGCUGGUCCCCGUGGUUCCAAUGGUGCCCCUGGCAAUGAUGGUGCUAAGGGUGAUGCUGGUGCUCCCGGAGCCCCCGGUAGCCAGGGCGCCCCUGGCCUUCAGGGAAUGCCUGGCGAACGAGGUGCAGCUGGCCUUCCAGGCCCUAAGGGCGACAGAGGCGAUGCUGGUCCUAAAGGUGCUGAUGGUUCUCCUGGCAAAGAUGGCGUCCGAGGUCUGACUGGCCCCAUUGGUCCUCCUGGCCCCGCUGGUGCCACUGGUGACAAGGGUGAAAGUGGUCCUAGCGGCCCUGCUGGUCCCACUGGAGCUCGUGGUGCCCCCGGAGACCGUGGUGAGCCUGGUCCCCCUGGCCCUGCUGGCUUCGCUGGCCCCCCUGGUGCUGAUGGCCAACCUGGUGCUAAAGGUGAACCCGGUGAUGCUGGUGCUAAGGGCGAUGCUGGUCCCCCUGGCCCUGCUGGCGCUGCUGGCCCCCCUGGCCCAAUCGGUAACGUUGGUGCUCCUGGACCCAAAGGUGCUCGUGGCAGUGCCGGCCCCCCUGGUGCUACUGGCUUCCCUGGUGCUGCUGGCCGAGUCGGUCCCCCCGGCCCCUCUGGAAAUUCUGGACCCCCUGGCCCUCCUGGCCCUGUUGGCAAAGAAGGCGGCAAAGGUCCCCGUGGUGAGACUGGCCCCGCCGGACGUCCCGGAGAAGUCGGCCCCCCUGGUCCCCCUGGCCCUACUGGCGAGAAAGGAUCUCCUGGUGCUGAUGGACCUGCUGGUGCUCCCGGAACUCCUGGACCUCAGGGCAUUGCUGGACAGCGUGGUGUGGUCGGCCUGCCCGGUCAGCGAGGAGAAAGAGGCUUCCCUGGUCUUCCUGGCCCCUCUGGUGAACCUGGCAAACAAGGUCCUUCUGGAUCAAGUGGUGAACGUGGCCCCCCUGGUCCCAUGGGCCCCCCUGGAUUGGCUGGACCCCCUGGCGAGUCUGGACGUGAGGGAUCUCCUGGUGCUGAAGGCUCCCCCGGAAGAGAUGGCUCUCCUGGCCCCAAGGGUGACCGUGGUGAGACAGGCCCUGCUGGACCCCCUGGUGCUCCUGGAGCUCCUGGUGCCCCUGGCCCCGUCGGCCCUGCUGGCAAGAAUGGCGAUCGUGGUGAGACUGGUCCUGCUGGUCCUGCUGGUCCCAUUGGCCCUGUUGGUGCCCGUGGCCCUUCUGGACCUCAAGGCCCACGUGGUGACAAGGGUGAGACAGGCGAACAGGGUGACAGAGGCAUAAAGGGUCACCGUGGCUUCUCUGGUCUCCAGGGUCCCCCUGGCCCUCCUGGCUCUCCUGGUGAACAAGGUCCCUCUGGAGCCUCUGGUCCUGCUGGUCCCCGUGGUCCCCCUGGCUCUGCUGGUUCUCCUGGCAAAGAUGGACUCAAUGGUCUCCCAGGCCCCAUCGGCCCCCCUGGUCCUCGUGGUCGCACUGGCGAUGCUGGUCCUGUGGGUCCCCCCGGUCCUCCUGGGCCGCCUGGUCCCCCUGGUCCUCCCAGCGGCGGUUUCGACUUCAGCUUCCUGCCCCAGCCACCUCAAGAGAAGGCUCACGACGGCGGCCGCUACUACCGGGCUGAUGAUGCCAAUGUGGUCCGUGAUCGUGACCUCGAGGUGGACACCACCCUCAAGAGCCUGAGCCAGCAGAUCGAGAACAUCCGGAGCCCCGAAGGCAGCCGCAAAAACCCCGCCCGCACCUGCCGUGACCUCAAAAUGUGCCACUCCAACUGGAAGAGCGGAGAAUACUGGAUUGAUCCCAACCAAGGCUGCAACCUGGACGCCAUCAAGGUCUUCUGCAACAUGGAGACAGGGGAGACCUGCGUGUACCCCACUCAGCCCAGCGUGGCCCAGAAGAACUGGUACAUCAGCAAGAACCCCAAGGACAAGAGGCACGUCUGGUAUGGCGAGAGCAUGAGCGGAGGAUUCCAGUUCAAUUACGGCGGCCAGGGCUCCGAUCCUGCCGAUGUGGCCAUCCAGCUGACUUUCCUGCGCCUGAUGUCCACUGAGGCCUCCCAGAACAUCACCUACCACUGCAAGAACAGUGUGGCCUACAUGGACCAGCAGACUGGCAACCUCAAGAAGGCCCUGCUCCUCCAGGGCUCCAACGAGAUCGAGAUCCGGGCCGAGGGCAACAGCCGCUUUACUUACAGCGUCACCUACGACGGCUGCACGAGUCACACCGGAGUUUGGGGCAAGACAGUAAUCGAAUACAAAACCACCAAGACCUCCCGCUUGCCCAUCAUCGAUGUGGCCCCAUUGGACAUUGGCGCUCCCAACCAGGAAUUCGGCUUUGACGUUGGCUCUGUCUGCUUCCUGUAAACUCCCUCCACCCCAACCUGGCUCCCUCCCACCCAGCCCACUUGCCCCUGACCCUGGAAACAGACAAACAACCCAAACUGAACCCCCCAAAAAGCCAAAAAAUGGGAGACAAUUUCACAUGGACUUUGGAAAAUAUUUUUUUCCUUUGCCUUCAUCUCUCAAACUUAGUUUUUAUGUUUGAU